ACUUCGAAGCUCAUGCGGGUCAAUGUGGCAAGAGUUUGGGAGGACUCGGAUUAUGAAAAAGUGAAAAAUCUUUGUGAGGAUAGUGAAGGAUGGGUAGAAGUUUACAAGAAGAAGGAUAUCACAAUAUGCACUCAGAAUAUCGAGAAAAGUAGUUAUCAAAUGAUUAAGGCUAUUGCACAACUUCCAGAUGUUUCUGCAACAGUUGUCUAUGAUGUGUUACAUGAUUCAGCUUAUCGAGCAAAAUGGGACAAGUACAUGAUAAAACAAGAGACGAUUGGUACAAUUAAUCCAAAUAAUGAUGUUUGCUAUUAUUCAUUAAACUCUGUAUCACCAAUCCGCCCACGCGAUUUCGUAAUGCAACGAAGCUGGCUGGAAACCGACAAAGACCGUCUAAUCUGCUCACAUUCGGUAUGCCACGAAGACUAUCCACCGGCAAAAGGAUGUAUUCGAGCCACGGUGCUCAUUUCCGGAUACCUAAUCAAAGAAAAAGAGCAAGGAUGUGAAGUUAUCUAUAUAAGUCAUUCGGAUCCAAAGGGAAAACUUCCCACGUGGCUUGUGAACAGAGUUACGAAGGUGGUGGCGCCGAAGGUUAUAAAGAAGUUGCACAAGGCAUGUUUGGGAUAUCCAGAGUGGAAGGAGAAACAUCAUCCUACGUGGAAACCGUGGAGUGUACCGGAGCAACAGAUGGAUUUGCCACGUGUCGAUUUGCUGAAAUGUCAGCCAAAAGAUUAUGAACAGGAAAUAAUUGACGAAUCGAAUUUAUCGGCGAUGAGCAUAAGCACCAAGGAUGACGAAGACGAGGAUUCUUUGAAAAACUGAUUUUUUUAAAAAUUUUCUUUAAAUUUAUUGAUUUUCACUCUUUUUUAUUGAUUUAUUGAUUUUUUCCUUACAAUUUUAAUUGCUACAGUAAUCUUAAAGGCGCAUAUCCCAAACACAUGCUUUCACUGCGAGACCAAGCUUAUACAAAAACGAUGCCCCCCUUUAAAGUUGCUACGGUAGCCAUUUUUUUUAAAUGUUUUUUGUUAGUCUUGGAUUAGAUUUAAAUCGAUUUCUGUGAUGAUUUUUUGCCGAAAAUUAAAAAUUAAACAUAUAAUUGGACAUAUUCAUUUAUUAAUCGGUGAGAAUAAAUAUUGAAACAAUAAA